GGAACUCCAAAUCUUGAGGAAAUAAACUUUACAGAUUGUACAAACUUGCGUGAGGUCCACCCAUCCAUCAAAGUGCUCAAGCAAAUACAAAUAAUAAUGAUAAUUGGCACUGGAAUCAAACACCUAUGGAAGGGGACGUUGGUGGUUUUACACAAUUUGAAGUUCUUAGCUUUGAGUUAUUGUAAAAACUUGAUUGAAACACCAGAUUUGACAGGAACUCCAAAUCUUGAGGAAAUAUACUUUACAGGUUGUACAAACUUGUGUGAGGUCCACCCAUCCAUCAAAGUGCUCAAACAAAUUAAAAAAAUAAUGAUAAUUGGCACUGGAAUCAAACAACUAUGGAAGGGGUCGUUAACGGAUUUAGACAAUUUGAAGGAAUUAGAUAGGGUGAUUAUGAGAAUUUGAUUGAAACUCCAGAUUUGAGUGGAGCCCCAAAUCUUGAGAUAAUAGACUUUCAAAAUUGUAGAAGUUUAUGCGAGGUCCACCCAUCCAUUAAAGAGCUCAAACAACUAAAACAAUUAUCCAUGGCUGGCACAGGAAUCAAACACCUAUGGAAGGGGACGUUGGUGGAUUUUGACAAUUUGAAGGAAUUAGAUAUGGGUGAUUCUGAGAAUUUGAUUGAAACUUCAGAUUUGAGUGGAGCCCCAAAUCCUGAGAUAAUAGACUUUCAAAAUUGUAGAAGUUUAUGUGAGGUCCACCCAUCCAUUAAAGAGCUCAAACAACUAAAAGAAUUAUCCAUGAUUGGCACCGGAAUCAAACACCUAUGGAAGGGGACGUUGGUGGUUUUACACAAUUUGAAGAUCUUAAAUUUGAGUGAUUGUAAAAACUUGAUUGAAACACCAGAUUUGACAGGAACUCCAAAUCUUGAGGAAAUAUACUUUAUAGGUUGUACAAACUUGCGUGAGGUCCACCCAUCCAUCAAAGUGCUCAAGCAAAUACAAAAAAUAGUAAUGGGUGGCACAGGAAUCAAACACCUAUGGAAGGGGACGUUGGUGGUUUUACACAAUUUGAAGAUCUUAGAUCUGACUAAUUGUAAGAACUUGAUUGAACUACCAGAUUUGACAGGAGCCCAAAAUCUUGAGGAAAUAUACAUUACAGGUUGUACAAGCUUGUGUGAGGUCCACCCAUCCAUCAAAGUGCUCAAACAAAUUCAAAAAAUAAUAAUAAUUGGCACUGGAAUCAAACAACUAUGGAAGGGGUCGUUAAUGGUUUUAUACAAUUUGAAGAUCUUAAAUUUGAGUAAUUGUAAAAACUUGAUUGAAACACCAGAUUUGACAGGAACUCCAAAUCUUGAGGAAAUAUACUUUAUAGGUUGUACAAACUUGCGUGAGGUCCACCCAUCCAUCAAAGUGCUCAAGCAAAUACAAAAAAUAGUAAUGGCUGGCACAGGAAUCAAACACCUAUGGAAGGGGACGUUGGUGGUUUUACACAAUUUGAAGAUCUUAGAUCUGACUAAUUGUAAGAACUUGAUUGAACUACCAGAUUUGACAGGAGCCCAAAAUCUUGAGGAAAUAUACAUUACAGGUUGUACAAGCUUGUGUGAGGUCCACCCAUCCAUCAAAGUGCUCAAACAAAUUCAAAAAAUAAUAAUAAUUGGCAUUGGAAUCAAACAACUAUGGAAGGGGUCGUUAAUGGUUUUACACAAUUUGAAGAUCUUAAAUUUGAGUAAUUGUAAAAACUUGAUUGAAACACCAGAUUUGACAGGAACUCCAAAUCUUGAGGAAACAUACUUUAUAGGUUGUACAAACUUGCGUGAGGUCCACCCAUCCAUCAAAGUGCUCAAGCAAAUACAAAAAAUAGUAAUGGGUGGCACAGGAAUCAAACACCUAUGGAAGGGGACGUUGGUGGUUUUACACAAUUUGAAGAUCUUAGAUCUGAUUAAUUGUAAGAACUUGAUUGAACUACCAGAUUUGACAGGAGCCCAAAAUCUUGAGGAAAUAUACAUUACAGGUUGUACAAGCUUGUGUGAGGUCCACCCAUCCAUCAAAGUGCUCAAACAAAUUCAAAAAAUAAUAAUAAUUGGCACUGAAAUCAAACAACUAUGGAAGGGGCCGUUAAUGGUUUUACACAAUUUGAAGAUCUUAAAUUUGAGUAAUUGUAAAAACUUGAUUGAAACACCAGAUUUGACAAGAACUCCAAAUCUUGAGGAAAUAUACUUUAUAGGUUGUACAAACUUGCGUGAGGUCCACCCAUCCAUCAAAGUGCUCAAGCAAAUCCAAAAAAUAGUAAUGGCUGGCACAGGAAUCAAACACCUAUGGAAGGGGACGUUGGUGGUUUUACACAAUUUGAAGAUCUUAGAUCUGACUAAUUGUAAGAACUUGAUUGAACUACCAGAUUUGACAGGAGCCCAAAAUCUUGAGGAAAUAUACAUUACAGGUUGUACAAGCUUGUGUGAGGUCCACCCAUCCAUCAAAGUGCUCAAACAAAUUCAAAAAAUAAUAAUAAUUGGCACUGGAAUCAAACAACUAUGGAAUGGGUCGUUAAUGGAUUUUGACAAUUUGAAGGAAUUAGAUAUGGGUGAUUCUGAGAAUUUGAUUGAAACUUCAGAUUUGAGUGGAGCCCCAAAUCCUGAGAUAAUAGACUUUCAAAAUUGUAGAAGUUUAUGUGAGGUCCACCCAUCCAUUAAAGAGCUCAAACAACUAAAAGAAUUAUCCAUGAUUGGCACCGGAAUCAAACACCUAUGGAAGGGGACGUUGGUGGUUUUACACAAUUUGAAGAUCUUAGAUCUGACUAAUUGUAAGAACUUGAUUGAACUACCAGAUUUGACAGGAGCCCAAAAUCUUGAGGAAAUAUACAUUACAGGUUGUACAAGCUUGUGUGAGGUCCACCCAUCCAUCAAAGUGCUCAAACAAAUUCAAAAAAUAAUAAUAAUUGGCACUGGAAUCAAACAACUAUGGAAUGGGUCGUUAAUGGAUUUUGACAAUUUGAAGGAAUUAGAUAUGGGUGAUUCUGAGAAUUUGAUUGAAACUUCAGAUUUGAGUGGAGCCCCAAAUCCUGAGAUAAUAGACUUUCAAAAUUGUAGAAGUUUAUGUGAGGUCCACCCAUCCAUUAAAGAGCUCAAACAACUAAAAGAAUUAUCCAUGAUUGGCACCGGAAUCAAACACCUAUGGAAGGGGACGUUGGUGGUUUUACACAAUUUGAAGAUCUUAAAUUUGAGUGAUUGUAAAAACUUGAUUGAAACACCAGAUUUGACAGGAACUCCAAAUCUUGAGGAAAUAUACUUUAUAGGUUGUACAAACUUGCGUGAGGUCCACCCAUCCAUCAAAGUGCUCAAGCAAAUACAAAAAAUAGUAAUGGGUGGCACAGGAAUCAAACACCUAUGGAAGGGGACGUUGGUGGUUUUACACAAUUUGAAGAUCUUAGAUCUGACUAAUUGUAAGAACUUGAUUGAACUACCAGAUUUGACAGGAGCCCAAAAUCUUGAGGAAAUAUACAUUACAGGUUGUACAAGCUUGUGUGAGGUCCACCCAUCCAUCAAAGUGCUCAAACAAAUUCAAAAAAUAAUAAUAAUUGGCACUGGAAUCAAACAACUAUGGAAGGGGUCGUUAAUGGUUUUAUACAAUUUGAAGAUCUUAAAUUUGAGUAAUUGUAAAAACUUGAUUGAAACACCAGAUUUGACAGGAACUCCAAAUCUUGAGGAAAUAUACUUUAUAGGUUGUACAAACUUGCGUGAGGUUCACCCAUCCAUCAAAGUGCUCAAGCAAAUACAAAAAAUAGUAAUGGCUGGCACUGGAAUCAAACACCUAUGGAAGGGGACGUUGGUGGUUUUACACAAUUUGAAGAUCUUAGAUCUGACUAAUUGUAAGAACUUGAUUGAACUACCAGAUUUGACAAGAGCCCAAAAUCUUGAGGAAAUAUACAUUACAGGUUGUACAAGCUUGUGUGAGGUCCACCCAUCCAUCAAAGUGCUCAAACAAAUUCAAAAAAUAAUAAUAAUUGGCACUGGAAUCAAACAACUAUGGAAGGGGUCGUUAAUGGAUUUAGACAAUUUGAAGGAAUUAGAUAUGGGUGAUUCUGAGAAUUUGAUUGAAACUCCAGAUUUGAGUGGAGCCCCAAAUCUUGAGAUAAUAGACUUUCAAAAUUGUAGAAGUUUAUGUGAGGUCCACCCAUCCAUUAAAGAGCUCAAGCAACUAAAAGAAUUAUCCAUGAUUGGCACCGGAAUCAAACAACUAUGGAAGGGGACGUUGGUGGGUUUAGACAAUUUGAAGAUCUUAGAUCUGAGUGAUUGUAAGAACUUGAUUGAAACACCAGAUUUGUCAGGAACCCCAAAUCUUGAGGAAAUAUACUUUACAGGUUGUACAAACUUGUGUGAGGUCCACCCAUCCGUCAAAGUGCUCAAGCAAAUACAGAAAAUAAUAAUGGCUGGCACAGGAAUCAAACACCUAUGGAAGGGGACGUCAGUGGGUUUAGACAAUUUAAAGAUCUUAGAUCUGGGUGAUUGUAAGAACUUGAUUGAAAUACCAGAUUUGACAGGUGCCCAAAAUCUUGAGGAAAUAUACGUUACAGGUUGUCUAAGCUUGUGUAAGGUCCACCCAUCCAUCAAAGUGCUCAAACAAAUUCAAAAAAUAAUAAUGGCUGGCACUGGAAUCAAACAACUAUGGAAGGGGUCGUUAAUGGAUUUAGACAAUUUGAAGGAAUUAGAUAUGGGUGAUUCUGAGAAUUUGAUUGAAACUCCAGAUUUGAGUGGAGCCCCAAAUCUUGAGAUAAUAGACUUUCAAAAUUGUAGAAGUUUAUGUGAGGUCCACCCAUCCAUUAAAGAGCUCAAACAACUAAAAGAAUUAUCCAUGAUUGGCACCGGAAUCAAACAACUAUGGAAUGGGACGUUGGUGGGUUUAGACAUUUUGAAGAUCUUAGAUCUGGGUGAUUGUAAGAACUUGAUUGAAACACCAGAUUUGUCAGGAAUCCCAAAUCUUGAGGAAAUAUACUUUACAGGUUGUACAAACUUGUGUGAGGUCCACCCAUCCAUCAAAGUGCUCAAGCAAAUACAGAAAAUAAUAAUGGCUGGCACAGGAAUCAAACACCUAUGGAAGGGGACAUCAGUGGGUUUAGACAAUUUAAAGAUCUUAGAUCUGGGUGAUUGUAAGAACUUGAUUGAAAUACCAGAUUUGACAGGUGCCCAAAAUCUUGAGGAAAUAUACGUUACAGGUUGUCUAAGCUUGUGUAAGGUCCACCCAUCCAUCAAAGUGCUCAAACAAAUUCAAAAAAUAAUAAUGGCUGGCACUGGAAUCAAACAACUAUGGGAGGGGACGUUGGUGCAGGUUUUACAGAAUUUGAAGAUCUUAGAUUUGAGUAAUUGUAAGAACUUGAUUGAAAUACCAGAUUUGACAGGAGCCCAAAAUCUUGAGGAAAUAUACUUAACAGGUUGUACAAACCUGUGUGAGGACCACCGAUCCAUGAAAGUUCUCAAGCAAAGACAAAAAAUAAAAAUGGUUGGCUAAGGGAAUCAAACAACUAUGGAAGGGGAUGUAGGUUGUAGGUUUUUCACUCGUAUAAAUACGUAUUGAUCUUCCUAAUAAACCCUCUUCAUAUCUUUUUCAAAUAAGUUAAUAUAUUCAUAUUUUGAUCUAAUU